AUGAAAGACUUGUUAUUGGCCUAUAUUUGUUGGAUGGCAGGUUGUGUGGGAGUGUGUGGCUUGCAUCGUUUCUAUCUCAAUUCCCCACUCUUGGGUUUGAUUUACUUGUUGAGUUUGGGUUUACUCGGAAUGGGUCAAUUAUUGGAUGUGUUUUUCAUUCCGAGUUUAGUCGAGUCGUGUAAUCGAGGUCGACUCUUCUAUUAUGCAUCAUCAUCAUCAAACACCAACACCGCUACCACAGACACUACUGGACCACAUUAUUAUUCUUUAGGAAAUCAUGGAGGAAUGAAUUUGGGACUCGGAGGAUUGACCUUUUCAUUUGGAGGUAGUGGUGGUGGUGGUGGUCAUCAUCCCUAUUCCAAUCGGAACUUCGAUGAUAUGCAUCAGAAUGCUCCGUCCUAUGUUCCACCACCUCCUCCUCCGACUACUACCUCUUCUCAACAGUCAGCAACCUCCGGAGAUGGAAAUGAAACUGAACCACCACCACCUCAAGAAUAUAUUCCUCCAACGGCCAAUCCAUUUAUUCAUUUCAAUUCAUCGAAUCAUGAAGGAAUCUCUUUGGUGGUGAAUGGUCAAACGGUGGAUUUAUCCCAAGGAGGAACUUUCUUUAUCGAUGAAAAUGGAACGAUUGAAGGAGGUGUCGGUGUUGACGACGAUGAUUUUGACACUGGAUACACAAACAAUCAAAUAUUUGAGGAUCAAGCUCGCAGGAAUCGUGAGCAUUUGGAUCGAUUGAAUCGACAACGUGUGAUGGAACAAAAUCAGAGAGCCAUGGAAAAUCAACAACGAAUGACUCGAGAGGCCAAUCAGAGACAUUUUGAAACUAUGAGGCGAGUGAAUGACAUGAAUAUGCAGAGUAUUCGUCGAAUGAAUGAACAAAAUCGAAAUAUGAUGUUUCAACAAAAUCAGAGAAUGCAAUUCCAGAAUAAUUUGAAUCAAACGAUGAGAAUGAAUCAAAUGAACAAUUUUAACACUUUCAAAAGAAGGUAA